AUGGAAGAUGCCUCUGAAGAAGGGCACUCUCUUGAUGAGUUAGAUCCCCGGAUAAUUGACUCUGAGCCAAAUGCAACCCCAAUGAAAGAACUUAAAACUUUCUCCGCCAACCCAGAGGACCCCAGUCAGAUCCAAGGAUCAAUUGCCAUCAUCUUAACAUCAAUUCCUCCUGUGCCCCCACAUCGGCAGAAAAGACGUGCCCUCAACUCGGAGUGGUGCGAGACACUCAAAGACGAAGUAGACAAGCUUAGCUGCAGCGGCUUCUCUAUACCAAAGUUGCAAGGUAUAGUUACUGGUUAUGUGUUUAGGUCUUUGAGAAGAUACAGAUCUGAAGUUCUGAGUGUUGUUAUUCGCCCAUCUAAUCAACUCAAGAUUACGUUCUUGGAGGCCAAAGAUAUUGCUGAUUUGGGUUCACUAAAGGAGGCAGCUAAAAUAUUUGUCCCAGGUGGGGCAACUCUUUACUCGGCCCGCACAAUUAAAAUCAAGGAAGAAGAAGGUUAUAGGAAUUAUUACUUCUACGAGUUUGGUAACAACAUUCAGCAUGUUGCACUAUUAGCUGCUGUUAAUAGUGGGAAGGUGUUUAUUGCUGGAGCAACUGCGCCCCAUAAUAAAUGGAAUGACGAUGGCGUGCGACUUCGAUCUGCUGCAGUGUCACUGAUAGUUCUUUGAAAAUUCUAUCGGUGGUUUUAGAAUUCAUUUUCUGCUACAAGAACAACAUGAAGAUGUUUAAUGAAAGAUAUAGAGCUAUAGCAAAUCCUGAAUUUCCUGCAGUUGGGAGUUAAGCUGUGAAUAAAAUCGUAUAGUGCAACUAGUAGUUCCCAUUUUUGCCUCAGAUCUACAGACGACUUACAAACACCUACAUAUUAAUUAACUUGCGAAAAGAUUGAUUCUUGAAACUAUGUAAUAUAUUGAGUUGUACUAGGUGUAUUAUUAUUUUGACUUUUUUUUUUCUUUUACUUUCUACA